AUACACACACUUUCUGUAUCUCUACAUCACUUCUUGCUGCCUGUAGCAGACCUACUAGCAAAAUCUUGAGACCCCAUCACUUCAUUUCCAGCUCCAAGAUCUUGCAAUGUGUUUAUUUUUCUAAAAAAAUAAUUAAAAAAGAUCUGAUUUUUAUGUUGUAAUUUUGUUUAGAAAGUUUAGAUCUUAACUCAACUUGAUGGAUCUGUAGAACCCUUCUGCAUUGUUCCUUUUGAGGUGGGGUUUGGUUAUUUUUUGAUUUUUUGGCUUCAAGAAAUGCAAUUUUUGGGUUUCUGUGAGCUGGUUCUUGAAAAAUUUGAGCUUUACCGGAACCCUAGGAAGCUCCGGCCAGUUGGGUUUUUCCGGGAGCUUUGAUUCUGACAAUGGUCUGUCUGAAUUGUGUGUUUGGACAGAGAAGAACAAGAUGUCAACUACUUUGAUACUGCUGCUGUUCUUUUUUCACUUGCUAUUUCUGCUUUCCACUAGUUUUGGGAUACCUUUUCAGCACAUCUUUUUAUCUCCUUCCAUUCAGCCAGCCAAACGAGAGUUGAUCAGAAUUUUUUUACCAGAACAUGAAAGGUUUAUGUUAUUGCAUGCUUCAGUGGCUACUUCAAGAGUACCAUAUAGGACUCGAGUUAAGCCUCUGAAAAAUUCCAUAGUACCUUCUCCAUCUCCUUCUCCCUCAUCUCAAGGUCCUAUAGCUAGUCAUAGAACUGGUACUCUAAGAAGACAUCACCACCACCAUCAUCAAACUAAACCGCUUGCAUUCUCUCCGUCACCAUCGACUGUACCAGGUUGCAAUCAAAUAUGUUUGGAGCCUCUUACUUCAGCUCCCUUUGGUUCACUCUGUAGUUGUGUGUUCCCUAUGAAAGUGAGGCUUCUUUUUGAUGUGUCUCUGCUUGCUAUCUUCCCUGUUAUUAAUGAGCUAGAGAUUGAGGUGGCAGAAGGCACAUAUCUAAAACAAAGCCAAGUAGUGAUAACAGGUGCUAGUGCCGAUGAUCAAAAUCAGGAUAAAACAGCAGUUGAUAUUAACUUAGUGCCUCUAGGAGAGAAGUUUGAUAACACCACUGCUACACUAACUUAUGAGCGAUUUUGGCAGAAGAAGGUGCCUCUUAAUAAGACACUCUUUGGUACUUAUGAUGUUGCGUCAAUUACUUAUCCAGGACUUCCUUCUCUGCCACUGUCCGGGGGUCACCACAGUAGUGGUCCAAGUGGAAGUGCUGGAAAGCAGUACCCCAUCACUGCAGAUUUUAUCAACAAAAGCCAGAAAAUGAAUACGAGAACUAUAUUAAUUAUAUCAUCAUCUGCAGUGGUGGUCUUGGUUGUAUGCAUUGGAGCAGUCAUUGUUCUCUUGAAUUGCAGGAAAGAUGGCAGACCAUCAAAUGCUGUUCGUCAUGCUUAUACACCAUCUGUUAACAGGAGAUCUGGAAUUGUGUCCAUCUUAAGUAGCCCCACUAGCUCAAAAUCGGCAUCCCUCUUUUCUGCCAUGCCCACUUCUUUGCUUUCUGUAAAAACAUUUACGCUUGCUGAGCUGCAAAAGGCGACAGACAAAUUCAAUGCAAACAGAGUUCUGGGAGAAGGAGGAUUUGGGCGUGUGUAUCAUGGCCUCGUGGAAGAUGGGACUGAGAUAGCAGUAAAAUUGAUUACAAGAGAAAGUCAGAACGGAGAUCGUGAAUUCAUUGCCGAAGUUGAGAUGUUAAGCCGCUUACAUCAUCGCAACCUUGUGAAGUUGAUUGGAAUAUGUUUUGAAAGGCAUACGCGUUGCUUGAUUUAUGAAGUAGUUCCAAAUGGCAGCGUUGAGUCUCAUUUGCAUGGUGUGGACAAGAGAAAGGGGCCUCUUGACUGGGAUGCACGUUUGAAAAUUGCUCUUGGUGCAGCCAGAGGAUUAGCUUAUCUUCAUGAAGAUUCUAAUCCUCGCGUGAUCCACCGCGAUUUCAAAGCUAGCAAUGUUUUACUUGAAGAUGACUUCACUCCUAAGGUUUCUGAUUUUGGGUUGGCAAGGGAAGCGACCGAAGGAAGUCAGCAUAUUUCAACUCGAGUAAUGGGAACUUUUGGGUAUGUUGCCCCUGAAUAUGCGAUGACAGGACACCUACUAGUUAAGAGUGAUGUGUACAGUUAUGGGGUGGUUCUGUUAGAACUUCUUAGCGGAAGACAGCCUGUAGACAUGUCUCAACCUUCUGGACAAGAGAACCUUGUGACUUGGGCGCGGCCCCUACUAACAAGCAGAGAGGGUUUGGAGCAGCUGGUGGACCCUACUUUAGCCGGAAGUUAUCAAUUUGAUGAUAUGGCCAAGGUGGCGGCCAUAGCUAACAUGUGUGUUCAUCCGGAGGUGACCCACAGACCAUUCAUGGGAGAAGUUGUGCAAGCUCUAAAACUAAUAUACAACGAUACAGACGGGGACUGCUCUAGUCAAAGGGUAUCGUCCGCUAUAGAUGUAGACUUCAAAGACGAUUCUGUUUCUGAUAGCAGUUGGUGGAAUGCAGGUGGAUUAACCCCACGUUUAACAUAUGGCAACGCCACCUCUUUCAUAACAAUGGAAUACAGUUCUGGUCCACUCGACGAACUAGGGAACAGAGCAUUUUCAGGUUCAAGUCCAAUGGGAGACCGGGUGUCGCUACCAAUUAGACAUGGCAAUAGGUCAGGUCCACUGAGGACAGUCCGGAGCAAGCCGUCUUUUUAUAGAACAAAGGGAAGCAUGAGUGAACAUGGUUUACUCUCAAAGCGAGGAUGGGACGAAGGUGCCAGCCAUGAAGCUUCUUUUUAGAGUGUCGAUUUUAAGUGUACAGAACAGAAAGAUCACUUUCUCUUCUCGAAAGUGUCGUUCUUAUGUAGUUUAGCAAUUUAAUUUGGGUGUGGUUUUCAUUUUGAGAGAUAUUAGAUGGGGAUUUGGGGGUGUCAAAUGCUUUUCUAAUAUUGAAAAUCAAGAUUCAUUACCAUAUAUACAUGUGGAGAUGUAAGAUUGAGAGUCAUCUGUAUUACAUGUGGUUAAAUUGAUUUUGCUGCAGUGCAGUUCAUUUGCUAGAUUGAACCAACAAUUUUCAUUUCUUCUUUA